UCAAAUGUCAUUUUUGUCCUUGUAAAGUGCGACUGUGUGAAGGAAAACGUGAAAUUUUAUUGCUUGCGGACUUUAAUCAUAAUGGUGUAAAAGUGUACCGAAAUUAAGUAUAAUAAAAGAAAAUAACGACCUUUAUUGUGUCGUUUAAAAAAAAGGUCGUUAAAUUUACAUCAUAUUAUAACGUUAUAUAGAAAAUGGAUGAAUAUUCAAGAGAACCCUGCCCUUGGCGUAUAUUAGACGACUCGGGUGGUGCUUUUCUGAUGGGGGCGAUUGGCGGCGGUAUAUUUCACUCGAUUAAAGGCUUUCGAAAUGCUCCAGUUGGGUUCAGUAGGAAAAUGUUGGGCAGUUUAGCAGCUAUGAAAGAAAAAUCACCUAUAGUUGGUGGUAAUUUUGCUGUGUGGGGUGGCAUGUUCUCCACAAUAGACUGCUCUUUAGUAUAUUUACGACAAAAAGAAGAUCCAUGGAAUUCAAUAAUGAGUGGAGCACUCACCGGUGGCAUAUUAGCUGCUAGAAAUGGUGUACCUGCAAUGGCAGGUAGUGCAUUAGUGGGUGGAAUUCUUUUAGCGCUAAUUGAAGGCAUUGGUAUCAUGUUCACGAGAAUAUCUGCGGAGCAAUUCAAACCACAACAACCUAUCUUCGAAGACCCCUCCGUCUUAGGACAGACUCAAGGACAGAACCCUACCUUCCAAUGAAGUAGUUAUUAUACUAAGUCUAUGAUAGUUUACCAAAAAUGUUCACAGGUACAAAAUUAUUGUUGAUCUGAUUUUGUAUAACUUGCCAGUAUGAAACUAAAUUAUAUUAGUUUUAACAGUUUUUUGCAAUUGCAAUUUCACUUCAUUGCAUUGUUACAGAGUCACAUGUAUAAAACUACAUGACAU